UGUCUGUGUGUGUACACAGACGUCCACACACUCGCGGCCGCAGGAUCAGCGCCUGGAAGCAGACGUUUCGGCCACAGACUUGGGAGAGGAGGGAGCUGGAGAUCAGGAGGCGUGAGCCGCCGGGAGUUUGCAGAAUCCGUGGUGUGAAUGAACUGGGGGCACCUGGGCGCGCGGAUCGCCCCCGCCCCCGCCCCGGGCCAGAGUUGAGUAGUGGGGCAUUUUUUUCACCCUCUUGUGAAGAAUUUUUUUUUUUUUAUUAUUUGUUGUAAAGUCUUUUGCACAAUCACGCCCACAUUUGGGGUUGGAAAGCCCUAAUUACCGCCGUCGCUGAUGGACGUUGGAGAGGGAGCGCCUCGCCGCGGAACAGUCGCCUGCACGCCCUCGCCGGACCCGCGGCUCCCUUGUUGCGCGCCGGCCCGGCUUUGCUGUUGCUGCCGGCUGGCGGGCUUCGGCGCCCCCUCGGUUCCCGGGCGCAUCCCGGUGCUGCUCCGGCUCGGGCCCUCGGACUCGGGCGCCAGUGACCACUUCGCCACCGAUUUCUUGCGCCUGCCGGACUCGCCCAGGAGGAGCCCGAAGCUCUGCGCCGGAUCGUCCCCCCAGGCUUAACCCGGCCGCUCCGCUCGGAUUCCUCGGCUGCCCUUGCUCUGGUGGCGACUUCCUCCCGGCGGCCGCGUCCCCUCCCCCUCGCCAUGAAGAAGUCGAUUGGAAUAUUAAGCCCAGGAGUUGCUUUGGGGACGGCUGGAAGUGCAAUGUCUUCCAAGUUCUUCCUAAUGGCUUUGGCCAUAUUUUUCUCCUUCGCCCAGGUUGUAAUAGAAGCCAAUUCUUGGUGGUCGCUAGGUAUGAAUAACCCCGUUCAGAUGUCAGAAGUAUAUAUCAUAGGAGCGCAGCCUCUCUGCAGCCAGCUGGCAGGACUUUCUCAAGGACAGAAGAAACUGUGCCACUUGUACCAAGACCACAUGCAGUACAUUGGAGAAGGCGCGAAGACGGGCAUCAAGGAGUGCCAGUAUCAAUUCCGGCAUCGGCGGUGGAACUGCAGCACCGUGGACAACACCUCUGUGUUCGGCCGGGUCAUGCAGAUAGGCAGCCGCGAGACGGCCUUCACGUACGCGGUGAGCGCCGCGGGGGUGGUGAACGCCAUGAGCCGCGCGUGCCGCGAGGGCGAGCUGUCCACCUGCGGCUGCAGCCGCGCCGCGCGCCCCAAGGACCUGCCGCGGGACUGGCUGUGGGGCGGCUGCGGGGACAACAUCGACUACGGCUACCGCUUCGCCAAGGAGUUCGUGGACGCGCGCGAGCGGGAGCGCAUCCACGCCAAGGGCUCGUACGAGAGCGCGCGCAUCCUCAUGAACUUGCACAACAACGAGGCCGGCCGCAGGACGGUGUACAACCUGGCCGAUGUGGCCUGCAAGUGCCACGGCGUGUCGGGCUCGUGUAGCCUCAAGACGUGCUGGCUGCAGCUGGCCGACUUCCGCAAGGUGGGUGACGCCCUGAAGGAGAAGUACGACAGCGCGGCGGCCAUGCGUCUCAACAGCCGGGGCAAGCUGGUGCAGGUCAACAGCCGCUUCAACUCGCCCACCACGCAGGACCUGGUCUACAUCGACCCCAGCCCCGACUACUGCGUGCGCAACGAGAGCACGGGCUCGCUGGGCACGCAGGGCCGCCUGUGCAACAAGACGUCGGAGGGCAUGGACGGCUGCGAGCUCAUGUGCUGCGGCCGCGGCUACGACCAGUUCAAGACCGUGCAGACGGAGCGCUGCCACUGCAAGUUCCACUGGUGCUGCUACGUCAAGUGCAAGAAGUGCACGGAGAUCGUGGACCAGUUUGUGUGCAAAUAGCGGGCGCCCGCCGCCCGCCCGUCACCCAGCCCCGCCCCCAGGACCCACUUAUUUAUAGAAAGUACAGUGAUUCUGGUUUUUCUCUUUUAAUAUUGUUUUAUUCCCCCCCAUCAUUGCAACCGGAACCUUUUUUUUUUUCUGUUCCCAUCUAAGAACUCUGUGGUUUAUUAUUAAUAUUAUAAUUAUUAUUUGGCAAUAACAGGGGGGGUGGGAACCAAGACAGAUAUUUAUUUUGUGCAUCUUUGAAAAGGUAAGACAAGACUUCUUUUGAUGGUAUAGGAUGAGGGGGGAUUUACAUGUACCCUUAGCUGUGUGCACAUCUAGAAGGGAAAGGAAAGAUGUUUUCUUUUUCUCAACUAUGGGGUCAAAUAUAGGACAGGUAGCAUCCAGCUGGAAGGGGGUGGUACAACUCUAUGCACGAUUCAGCUUCUGUGACCAAAAUGAAUUGUAAAUGCUCUGGGGAAAGUGGAGAGGUCUGGAGAAACAAACACGAAAUGAGACCCCCCCCUUCCCUAGGGGCUGCCAGCCUGAAACAUUUUCAAAAUGGUAAUUUAAAAAGUAACAGCGAGAAUCUCACAUCCCUCAGAGAUGUAUCAUUUGUCUCAUUUUUCUGAAAUGUUCCAUCUGCAGAGGGUCCUGUACUGGUAGCUACUGAAACUUAGGGAACAGGGAGGAAAGCCUCGGAAGUUAAAAAAAAAAAAAAAACCUUAAAAAUGCCUGUAUCGAGAUACUGAUUUGAUGCUGUUACAGGAAUUAGGUUGUCAGAUUGGAAAAGGAUCCCUGAAUGAUUCUGGGUACUAGCCAUUUUGUUUGGAGAGAAGCAGGGAGGUUGGAUUGAAUAUAAAAAGAAAAAUAUACUGUAAUUUUCUUAGGGAUGCUUGGUUAAUAAAUGAUAAUGAUGAAAAUAAUAAAUGAAUGCCAUUCACAGAUCCUCAGCCCAGACAACAAGGUAACUGCGUGCAGGUCAGGGCUGCACCAGAGCAGAAACCCUGUGUGAAGGGGAAAAAGUGAAAUCGGCCCUCGGGCUUGACCCCAAGUCCUCUCUGAUUCCUCCUGGCCCUGCUGUGAUGUGAUGCUGGCCAAAAGGCAGCUCCACUGGGUCCCCUUUGAUUGUGGGACAGGAAAUGAAACAUUACAAGCUCCACUUGGGAAACAGUUUGCUACUUAGGGAUUUUUUCCCCUAAACCUUUUAUUUUGAGGAGCAGUAGUUUUAUAUGUUUUAAUGACAUUACAUGGCUAAUGGAGUUCCCAGAGGUGUUGCAGCUUUCACUCUUGUGAUCCUGUGUGUAGACUAUCCACUCCAGCUUUUCCUAUUACACUGCAGGGGUACCCUAAGACUGUUCCUAGUGUACUUGAACAGUUGCAUUUAUAAGGGGGGUGUGGUUUAAUGGUGCCUGAUAUCUCAAAAGUCUUUUGUACAUAACAUAUAUAUAUAUACACACACAUCUAUAUAUAAAUAUAAAUAUAGUUAUAUCUCAGUGCAGCCAGUGACUUAUAGUUUACUCUGGGGUUAUUUCUCCCUCUAGAGCAUUGUUAUCCUUCAUUGCAAUCCAACUGGGAUUUUUCCAGAAGGUUUCCGAGUUGAGCUUGGGCUGCAGCCCUGAAGCGAUCGAUCACACCUGGAGCAUCACAAAGCAGCCUUGUUUCUGAGGAAUCUGGAAGGUCUUACUGCUAAUGCAUGUUGGUUUGAAGAUUUCUUUUAUCGUCCCUGCGCCAUCCCCUUCUCUCCAACCUCCAUUUCUGUACACUUUCCAGAAAGGGCAUUACUCGUUUGUCAUAGACGUGGAAACCAAGAGACGCUCAAAACUCAGAAGCAUUGUCUACAUUUCCAUUUCCUUGGUUCGUUUUGCAGAGUGGAAACUGGUGCUUCUUAGAUCUGGUAGGACCUGUUUGAGUCCGUAAGGAAAAUCGAGCUCACGACAAAACAUAGCUAGUUAAAAAAAAAAUUUUUUUUUUUAAAGCAAAGGACACCUCUUUCCUAAAAGUGCCAUCAAAUGUGUUCUUAUCUCAGACUUAUGCUGUUUUAGAAGUUUGGAAAGCUACACAUCUCCUGCAACCCUCCUAGGCUCAGUGGCCUUCAUAAUCACCUCUGCCACCUGUGGCUCUUUAAUUUAUUGCACGAAGAUAUUCUCGUCCCCUCAGUUGCAGUGAAUUGCAAGCAAAAGAUCUUGAAAUUGAAAAGCACUAAUUAGUUUAAAAUGUCACUUUUUUGGUUUUUAUUAUACAAAAACCAUGAAGUAAUUUUUUUAUUUGCUAAACCAGAUUUUGUUCCUUUUUAGUGAUUCAUGUUUAUGAAGAGAGUUGAGUUUAACAAUCCUAGUUUUUAAAAGAAACUAUUUAAUGUAAGAUAUUCUACUUGUCAUUCAGAUAUUAUGUAUAUCUUCUAUGGCCUUUAUUCUGUACUUUUAAUGUACAUAUUUCUGUCUUGCGUGAUUUGUAUAUUUCACUGGUUUAAAAAACAAACAUCGAAAGGCUUAUGCCAAAUGGAAGAUAGAAUAUAAAAUAAAACAUUACUUGUAUAUUGGUAAGUGGUUUCAAUUGUCCUUCAGAUACUUCAUGUGAAGGUUUUUUGAGAAACCAUGAGGGAUAGUUUAGAAUGGCUACACGUCAGAAUAAUAGAAGAGUAGAGAGUUUUACCAAAACCAAACUUCGGGAGCUUCAAAAGAUUUCUAUAUGUAACGGAACAAAAGGGGAAUUCUCUUUCCUAUAUGUGUUCCUCAAAAAAAAAAAAGAAAAGAAAGCUAGCAGAUGGCUUAAAGCUGGUUAUAGGAUUGCUCACAUUCUUUUAGCAUUAUGCAUGUAACUUAAUUGUUUUAGAGCGUGUUGCUGUUGUAACAUCUCAGAGAAGAACUGAAAAGGCACACGCUUUUAUCCAAGACCAGUAUUUUGGUCCAAAAGUGUAUUUGUGUUUACCACUGCAUCUGUUUGAAGUUACUAUGGACGGAUUGUCUCUAUGCCCCUUUGAAAGUAGUUCUAUGAAAAGCAAGCCUCAGUCUGCAGAGAAUGAAACUCAUUGGAAACUAAAGGUUCGUUGUGUUAAGUGCAAUUAAUAUGAGUUCUUGUGCUUUCUGAAAAUGGACACCGAAAUCUGGCCAGCCCCUCACAGAGUGAUACGUUAGCCCUUUGCUUUUUUCUUUCCGGAUAACCUUGUAACAUAUUGAAACCUUUUAAGGAUGCCAAGAAUGCAUUAUUCCACAAAAAAACAGUAGACCAACAUAUAGAGUGUUUAAAAUAGCAUUUCUGGGCAAAUUCAAACGCUUGUGGUUCUAGGACUCACAUCUGUUUCAGUUUUUCCUCAGUUGUAUAUUGACCAGUGUUCUUUAUUGCAAAAACAUAUACUUCAUUUAGGAGCGUCAGCAUAUUUUCCCUUCUCAUCCUGGAGUGCAUUCAAGAUCUUCCCAAUACAGGAAAAUUAACAAAAAAUUUAUAUAUAGGCAGUGGCAAACAGAGCCAUGUUCAAAAUAGUAAUUAUGGGCUAAAGGAAUAGGAAGACUGAAAAGUUUUAGUCCGGUUUAUCUGUUCAGUUCUUCGAGCUGCUGACCUCCUGAGACUGGUUUAGUAGCCUCUCCAAAACCCUUUUCUCAUACAAUUUUGCUAAUACCAGUUUUCAAUUUGUUUUUGCAAAACGUUAUUCAAGCCAGUGGAAUUAUCAAAUAUGACGCUCUAGCAGGAUAAGGGCUCCAAAUGAGAGACUGGUACUGGCUGACUCCAAGAGAUCAUUAGCAAAAAUAGUCCCCAAAGACUGAGUGGAGCAUAAUAUAAAAAGAGAUGGAUAAAAAGGUACUUAUAACUUGAAGCCUAUAUGUAAUGCAAAUACGCACCAAGGCAUAGGUCGGAGAUACCGCAUUAUCACUGUAAAGUAUACUUUUAAAAUAUUUAUUUUUUUUUAAAAAAAGUAUUUUUUAGUCUCCCCUCUAUGGAAUGGGGAAAACCAGAGGCCGUAUUUUGAAAAUAAGACGAUGAAAUGAGUUUUUAAUACAGGAAACAUUUGGCAAUGUAGGAAUUAAAACUUAGGAAAUGAAUCUUCUAAUUUACCUGUUUGCACAAACUUUACACUUAAACCUGAUGAUUGGAUGAUAUUUUAUUUUAGUGAAACAUCACCUUGUUAGCCAACUUAAAAAAAUGGAUGUAGAAUGAUUAAAGGUUGGUAUUUUUUUUAAAGCAAAAAAUGUAUCGAUUUGAAUUUAGAACAUUUCAUUCAAAUGCUGUCUCAGUAUUUCAAAAGCAAAAAAGAAAUGAGGGAAAUUGCCGCUUAGAUCAGUUUUAUAUGCAGUGUACAAUUGCUGGGCUAGAAUUGAGAUAAAGAUUAUUUAUUUUUGUUCAUACCUUGUACUUUUCUAUUAAAAUCAUUUUAUGAAAU